AUGGGGUUAUCGAAUUGUUCCAACGAGGAGCUAAUGAGUCGACUCGUUGACUCGGUCAAAGAAAUUUCUGGUUUUUCUGCUUCAAAGGGUUUCUUCGGGAAGAUCCAAGGCGAUCUUGUUCGUAGGAUCACGCUUCUUAGCCCUUUCUUUGAGGAAUUGAUAGAUGUUAAUGUUGAAUUGAAUGAAGAAGAGAUUUCACGGUUUGAGGUUAUGAGAAUCGCUCUUGAUUCAAGUUUAGAGCUUUUUCGAUCGGUCGAUACAGGAAGCAAACUUUUUCAGAUUCUCCAUAGGGAUUCACUUGUGCAGAAGUUCCACGACAAGACUGUAGAGAUAGAAGCAGCGUUAAGCCAGAUUCCGUAUGAUAAGAUCGGAGUAUCAGAGGAAGUCAGAGAACAGGUACAGCUUCUGCACUUUCAGUUCAAGAGAGCGAUAGAGAAACGGGAGGAGAUUGAUCUGCAGCUUCGACAUGAUCUAGACAUGGCAGAGAGUGUGAUGGAUCUUGACCCUAAAAUCCUCAGAAGACUAUCACAAGAGCUCCAACUCAGUACUAUUGAUGAGCUGAAGAAAGAAUCACAUGCAAUACAUGCAUAUUUUUUUUCGUAUGAUGGGGAUCCUGAUGACUGUUUUGAGAGGAUGUCCUCACUUCUUAAAAAGCUUGUAGACUCUGCAACAAUGGAAAGUUCAGAACCUGAUACAUCCUCUGGCAACAGAAUCAUAUCGAGACAUCGUUCUCCUGUUAUACCAGAUGAUUUCCGGUGUCCCAUUUCACUUGAACUGAUGAAAGACCCUGUAAUCGUCUCUACUGGACAGACAUAUGAAAGAUCAUCCAUCCAGAAGUGGCUUGAUGCGGGUCAUAAGACCUGUCCGAAAUCUCAGCAGACACUUCUGCAUUCUGGAUUAACUCCUAAUUACGUGUUAAAGAGUCUCAUUGCUCUGUGGUGUGAGAGCAACGGUAUUGAGCUUCCACAAAAUCAAGGGAGCUGCAGAACCACAAAACUAGGAGGUAGCAGCUCUUCCGAUUGUGAUCGAGCAUUUGUCUUGUCCUUGUUAGAGAAAUUGGCCAAUGGUACUACAGAACAGCAAAGAGCCGCAGCUGGAGAAUUGCGGUUACUAGCGAAGAGGAACGCAGAUAACAGAGUUUGUAUCGCUGAGGCUGGAGCCAUACCACUCCUUGUAGAGCUUCUAUCCUCACCGGAUCCUCGGACCCAAGAACAUUCUGUGACGGCUCUUCUCAAUCUUUCCAUAAAUGAAGGUAACAAAGGAGCCAUUGUUGAUGCAGGAGCCAUAACGGAUAUCGUAGAGGUGCUAAAAAAUGGAAGCAUGGAAGCUAGAGAGAAUGCAGCUGCGACUCUUUUCAGUUUAUCCGUUAUUGAUGAAAACAAAGUGGCAAUAGGUGCUGCUGGAGCUAUCCAAGCCCUUAUAAGCUUGCUUGAGGAAGGAACCCGAAGAGGCAAAAAGGACGCAGCAACAGCGAUUUUCAAUCUAUGCAUAUACCAAGGAAAUAAAUCAAGGGCGGUCAAAGGUGGUAUCGUCGAUCCUUUGACCAAAUUACUGAAAGAUGCAGGUGGAGGAAUGGUGGAUGAGGCUUUGGCGAUUCUGGCGAUUCUUUCGACAAACCAAGAAGGGAAAACGGCGAUAGCUGAAGCAGAAUCGAUCCCGGUUUUAGUUGAGAUUAUAAAGACAGGGUCACCAAGGAACCGGGAAAAUGCUGCAGCAAUACUUUGGUAUCUAUGUAUUGGGAAUAUGGAGAGGUUGAAUGUAGCAAGAGAGGUUGGUGCAGAUAUUGCCUUGAAGGAACUUAGCGAGAAUGGAACCGAUAGAGCAAAGAGGAAAGCUGGGAGCUUGUUGGAGCUCAUUCAACAAAUCGAAGGUGUUGUAGUACCUACUGUUCCAUGA